GGCGCCACGCUCACCGCGGUCACGAGAACCAGGACGGGUCCAAGCUCAAGAUGCCCAGCAGCCGCAACGUCUCCCAAUUUGUCGCCGUCGCCGCUGUCAUCUGCAUUGUCCAUGGGCAGUCACUUUCUACGAGUGCAAUACCUCGAGACCUCGCGCGGAGGCCCGUCUACAACAUCGCCCACAUGGUAAACACGGUUGAGCAAGUGGACGAAGCCAUGCGCCUGGGAGCCAACUCCAUCGAAGCUGACGUCACCUUCACCGCCAACGGUACCGCGACAUGGUUCUACCACGGCGUGCCAUGCGACUGUUUCAGGUGGUGCGACAGCCAUGAAGAGAUACCCGCUCUCCUGGACUACGUUCGGAGGACGGCGUCCGUGGACGGUGCCAUAUACAAGGAGCGCCUCGCAUUGCUCUUCUUGGAUCUCAAGGUCACGAAUGUGCUUCCGCAGUACAAAUACCGUGCGGGAGUUGACAUCGCGGAGAAACUUACACGACACCUGUGGAGUGGAGUUUAUACCUGGAAUGCGAUGAACGUCCUGCUGUCUGUUAGGAGCGUCCGCGACGGCGAAGUGCUCCGCGGAGCGCUGCAUACCAUCUACCGGAUCAUGCCACUCAUGCUCUCUAAGAUAGGUGUAGACGUUUCCAACAGCGACCAGCCUCUGGACGCUAUACGGGACUUGUACCUGCGACUCGGCAUAACGGGUCAUCGGUGGCAAGGUGACGGCGCAACGAACUGCGUCUCGUACCUACGGCCGCCUCAGAGGCUCUACAAUAUCAUCAAGAACCGCCAGUCGGAGGUUCCGCACCACUACGUCGAAAAGGCCUACCAGUGGACCCUCGACACUCCGGGUGAACUCCGACGCUCACUCAGGAGAGGUGUGGACGCCAUCAUUACCAACAGACCGGAUCGCCUGGCCGUCAUCUUGAGGGAAGACGAGUUCCGAGACGUGGUUCGACCCGCCAUCGUUUACGACAACCCCUGGACUAGAUUCGACGACUUCGUGGGCAUGGAUAGCGGAAUGGACAACAUUGACCGGCUCAUUGCGACAGGAGGUCAAACAAGGAUCAUGUUUGCGCAGCUGCUGGUCAUCCUGGCUGCUCUGCUGACGACUCCUGACCUAGCGAGCGGCUCGGAUCGGAGGCCUAUCUACAACAUCUACCACAUGACGAACGCCAUCUGGCAAGUGGACGAAGGCAUGGAGCUUGGAGCCAACGCUAUCGAGUCUGACGUCACAUUCGACAAAGAUGGUACCGCACUCUGGUUCUACCACGGUGUGCCGUGCGACUGCUUCCGGUGGUGCCAGCGUUACGAAGAAGUGCCAGUGCUUUUGCGGUAUCUCCGACGGACCACGGGACCCCCCGCCCCCUUCCCUCAGAAAAAUUCUUUAUGCGCCCCAGGCUCUGGCAACGGCCGAUAUGCUGCCAGAGCUGAUCAGGAAGCCAGGCACACACCUAGACAACAACACGAGUUGGCCAAGGUUGAAUUCUCAGCUCAAAUCGUUUCCGCAUUACGCAGGAGAAACGUGGACGGCAUCAUCACAAACAUGCCGCACCGUCUGGCGAGCGUCCUCAAGGAGAGCGAGUUCCGGAACACGCUGCGGCCGGCCAAUUCCUCGGACAACCCGUGGACUCGCUACGGAUGCCGCUACAACUGCGACAGGAAGCCAUUCAUCUCGGGGGACAUUCUCGGCGGCGCCGCAAUGGCUGGCGCUGGCGUGUCCGAUUAACCGAGGCCUGUUGAAUAUUUAGCAAUUUAACUGAGCCAGCUUGAGACAUUUAUUGGUCAGAAUGAAUUAACGUGUUUGAGCUGUCGGCUUCCCGGCUCGACAUCGUCUGCGCGGGAAACAGCCCAGCAUGUAGCCACGGUGUCCGCAAGACCUACCCCGGUUCCACCCAGUGUGAAAUCUGCAGAAUCAGCGGAGCUACGUUCCUCCUGUGCUUCCCUUGAGAUCGUCUGUGAUGUUGCGUGAUUUUGUGUUGGUGUCUGUGAUUACGUUAUUUGUUGAGUAGAGAUGCACUGGAAAGGACCUGUGGCAGCCCCUGCCACACCCGCCCCUGCUGCAGCAACGUUAGGCCCUGUUCACGCUCGAGUCGCGCUUCCCAGUUUCACCAUACGGCUACCGCUUCGUCCGCGACCGAGGAAGUUAUGCGAUCUAUGCGUGUAUCUGGGAAACGGAGCGUGACGUGCCACGCGGACACUCGUCUGCCGUCAGGCCCAGCCCUGGAACAGUUCCGCUGUCAAAAAAGCCUGAGGACAAGACGACAAAUAUCCAACGCACGCCGGUGGCCUACAACAACAACGAGCCAGAGCCAGUAUGCCGGUGAGGAAUGUGAACCGACAAAAACGCAACGCCAAAGAAGACCGAAGAUUUGUUUUACGCAAAGUCAGCGCUGUUAAUGGACACGCUGGAGGGAGUGAAAAGGACGGGUGUUUGUUUCCUGUGACGGAAAACAGAAGGUGGCCAAGAUACAGUGAACUAU